CCUCCCAGCCGUGCACGGCCUUCUGCUUGCUAACAGUCAGUCAGACUGCAGCAAGCUCAGCUCUAUCCCAGCACUUGCCUGGGAGAAAAGUGCCCUCUCUAGUAGAGAGUCGCUGAUCCUUUUGGCUUGUUGGGUUUAUUUGGGUUUUCCCCCCCACCUUUAGUUGCUGUUGUUACUUAAUUAUAUCCCUAAUCCUGGAUGCAGUUGCUGGAUUCUUCAGUACAAGUCUUCAUGAACAAGCUGCACCGCUUAGAGAUUUCACGGCAUUCAAAGGUCACAGAACUGCCACUAUGGUUAAAUGUCUUGUUUAAUGGUUGAGAGGUGUGGAGAAAUCUCAUUUGAUAGUCCUGAUCAGAAUGCCAAAUGUGUUUGCAUGCUAGGAGAUGCACGGGUGAGAGGUCAGACUGGGGUUCUCUCUGAACGCCGUGGUUCCUACCCGUUCAUAGACUUCCGUCUUCUCAACAAUACAACACACUCAGGGGAAAUUGGCACCAAGAAAAAGGUGAAAAGACUGUUAAGCUUUCAGAGAUAUUUCCAUGCAUCCAGGCUGUUGCGUGGAAUUGUACCACAAGCCUCUCUGUACUUACUGGAUGAAGACUACCUUGGACAAGCAAGGCACAUGCUAUCCAAAGUGGGAAUGUGGGAUUUUGACAUUUUCUUGUUUGACCGUUUGACAAAUGGAAAUAGCCUGGUAACAUUGCUGUGCCACCUCUUCAAUGUGCAUGGGCUUAUUCACCAUUUCCAGUUAGACAUGGUUACAUUACAUAGGUUUUUAGGUAAGUCCUUUCUUCAACUCUAUCAUCAAAGGCAUUUUACACUUGCCAACUUCCUCACCCCUCUGGACAUUAUGCUUGGACUGCUAGCUGCUGCAGCUCACGAUGUAGACCAUCCAGGGGUCAACCAACCAUUUUUGAUCAAAACCAACCACCACCUUGCCAGCUUAUACCAGAAUGUCUCUGUGUUAGAAAAUCAUCACUGGAGAUCAACAAUAGGCAUGCUUCGAGAAUCAAGGCUCCUUGCCCAUCUACCAAAGGAAAUGACCCAGGAUAUCGAACAGCAGCUGGGCUCCCUCAUCUUGGCAACAGACAUCAAUAGACAGAAUGAGUUUUUGACCCGGUUGAAAGCUCACCUCGAAAAUAAGGAUCUGAGAUUGGAGGAUGCACCAGACAGACAUUUUAUGCUGCAGAUCGCGCUGAAGUGUGCUGACAUUUGCAAUCCUUGCCGGCUCUGGCAGAUGAGCAAGCAGUGGAGUGAAAGGGUCUGUGAGGAAUUCUACCGGCAAGGUGAUCUGGAACAAAAAUUUGAAUUGGAAAUAAGCCCUCUUUGUAAUCAGCAGAAGGACUCCAUACCUACUAUACAAAUUGGUUUCAUAACCUACAUCGUAGAGCCGCUCUUUGAGGAAUGGGCCAGGUUUACAGGAGACACUCCCCUAUCCGAAAAUAUGCUAAGCCAUCUCAGGAGGAACAAGGCCAAGUGGAGGAGUUUGCUCCACAAGCAACACAGCAGUAGCCGGAGCAAUGACCACUCAGGUCAAGUGACUGAAAAUGAAGAGCAGACUUUAAAUGAAGGCGACAUCCCAUAGUGCCAGUUUUGACUCUUCCUUAUAGUACUGCUGCAUCGUCUUUGUUAGGUCACAACAGUAAGCCAAAUUGUCAGGAACUGCGAGGCGGUCAUCAACAAUGUGGAAAGGGAAGAAAAAGGGAAGCAGAAGUUAUAAGGGUCCUCAUGAAUAAACCCACCCUACUUCUGAGUUUCAAAUCUGAGCUCCUUUGAAUUCACUCCCUCCUCUUCCUUAUCCUUCUACGUAUAUCUGAAGCCAUUCAUCACUUCUGAUCAUUAACUGCUUGAAUAAGGAACUCCGUUCAGUAGUGAUGAAGCUGGGCCAGUAAAUGGCUACCAACUAACAGGGAGGAUUAGAGAGAAAGCAUGGGAGACGCAAACAUAUUUCAUUCACCCUGGCUCAUAUUGUGAUAGGUAGCUGUAUAUAGGCCCAGAGCGCCAUACACAGUUUUAAGUCUGGCAGCUGGACUGCGCAUUAAACCACCAGCAUCUUCAGAACUCAGAGGACAUUGGCUGAGUGAAAGUGCACAGAGGAGAGAAUCUCAUUAUUUUAAUAAUUAAAAUAAUUAAAAAACCUUUUUAACUUUUGUAUUCUGUGCACUAGACAACAGAUCAAGAAAUCUUGGACUGAGGUAACUCUAUGUACAUACAACUCAAGUGAGACAAGGCUCAUUUGGUUAAUCAUUUUUAUGCCACUUUAGAUAAGAGACGGAUAUCUUCUCACUGUAGGGAACAGUAGUCCCUAGCAAAUGAAAGGGAAGGUGUUGUACAGUCUAAACCUUUGCAACAUUAUCAGAUCUAUCUUUUUGAUGACUCUGUUUCAAUGACAUGUUUAUAUCCAUGUGUAUAUUUUCUGUAAAUACAAAGCGCUACUGAUUCCCAUGCCAAAAUACUGAAGUAUUAUGGGAUUGCUACCUGUAUAAACAAUGGCACUGUGAACAGAAUACUGUUAGUUUUAAUACAAGAGAAAGCAUUUGUAAAUAUGGUAAAGAGUUUAUUAAUACACUAUUGUUUGCAGAUAAAGGCCUUAACUUUUAGCAUCCUUCACUGCUAGCUGUUCAAAUCAUAGCAUCUGAACUAUCUUUUGAUUUUCAGCCUUCCAGCAGAGGUCAUAAAAGAAUGAAAUCUGUCAGGGCAUUUUCUGGAAACUUCACAUGCAUUCCAUAUGAAUUCAUAUUGUUUAAUCUAUGGCAUAGUGCACAUUCAGUCUAAUCAGCUGCUUCACAAAGCCUGAAGAUAUUUUUUUUUAAACCACAGCAAUAUUACACAAUCUAUUUUACAGUUCAAACUGGUAAACAUAUAGUCAUGAGUUUUAAUUUUUAUUAAGUAGCAAAGUAGUCUACAAUGCCAGACACACCCAAGUGAGGGUUGGAUGCUGGUUUUGAUCCUGGCAUUCUGGCAGUUCUAGAUUCCAUUUGCUUUCUCAAAUGAUGCAGA